AUGUCGCAACAUGCUGCCGCUCUACAGGCCUACAACAUUGAUCUGGCAAAAGGAAUAGUUGAAAUCAAAGACAGGAGAGCACGAGUUUUGAGAGAAGUAGCGGUUGAACAAGCAGAAAGCGAUAAACUGAACGGAGAAUUGGCGCUGUUGACUG